CGACCGUUAAACAGAAUCCGACCGUUAAUAUCCCUCCCUCUCUUCUCUCUCUCUCUCCCUAAACAACACAACGCAGCGCCAUCUUCUCUUGCAAGAUCAUAUCUUUUGCGCUCUUCUUCUUCUUCUCCCCUACUCAUCGAAUACAGCUUUUCCCCACACUCUAGGAAUUACCGGAAUAUUUGGUUGUUCGAUUGAUUAUUCCCGAUUGAAUGGCGGCGGUGGAGGAGUCCAGUAGUAGUAGUCUAUUCAUGGUCGAUGAGGCGUACGAGUUCUCGGCGCCGCGAUUUCACGAUUUCAUGACGGAGGAGACUGCCGAGGAAGUUCGUAGGGCGGAGCUCUGGUUCGAGAGCGCCCUCACUCACGCCCCUUCUCCAUUUAUGCCUAGAAUCAGAGCUACCAGAACAGGUCAACAGAUUCUUUGCAGUUUCAAUGAAGACGAGCACAUGCAGAAGGCGCCGAAAUCAUCUGAAAAUGCACCUAAUGCAUCAAAUUCUGCAGAAGAAUUAGCGCCCAAAUCACUAAACCAGAUAUUACAAGCGAAUUCAGCUGAAACAACGCAAGAAGUUCGAACACGUAUCAUUCCAAAGGAGAUUGAGAAGACACCUGCUGCAGAAAGCUCAUGCUCUCAGGAAAAGGAAAACAUUGCACAAGGCGGUGAGGCACCCUCCUCUGUCCCUAAGGAAGCUGCUGCUGUCCAAGGACCGGAGGUUUGCUGCACGCCAGCACCACAAAAGCAGAGGGAUGAUAGGAAGCUUCAGACAUCGAAAAAGAUUGCUAGUAUGCUGAAAAAUCCUUCAGCUAUCAAUUCAAAGAAACAGCUACCAAAAUCGCAAUCCAAAAGUGCUAAACCUGCUAGUGUUAGAAGGGACACAAAUGGUAAUAAGAACAUUGUUGGAACUCCCAACUUUGCCCAUGAAAACCAUGCCAUAAAGAAGCAAAAACUGGAUGGAGGAAAAUCUCGACAGAUUCUUACAGUUAACAAACCUUCAAAUCUGCCUCACAAAACAAGAACUGGAAUUGUGAGCAGCAGUUCCAACUUCUGCCCUGCAACUGCUAAAACUCACAAAGAAGAUAGAAAGAUGUAUGUUCGAGAACCAGCAGCGCCAUUUGUUUCUAUGGCAGAAAUGAUGAAUAAGUUCCAAUCAGGGACAAGAGAGGUGUCUUUGCUGCGUAGCAGCGAUUCUCUUUCUCAGAGUAACGCUGCUGGAGCGAUGCAGAGGAAGCCUAAGCUCACACUGACAAGGCCUAAAACACCUGAAUUCGAAACAUCUCAGCGCAUCCGUUCUGUUAAAAUCAAAAGCUCAGCAGAAAUUGAGGAAGAGAUGAUGGCUAAGCUUCCCAAGUUCAAGGCUCGUCCACUUAACAAAAAGAUUUUUGAGGCCCCAACUUUACCACCAUUGCCAAGAAGCGCACCCCAGCUUCCUGAGUUUAAGGAAUUCCGUCUAGAAACAAUGUCAAGGGCCACUCAGAAUGCAGAAACGUCUACUGUGGCCUCGGUUGAAUCCACAGAGGUAAAGAGCCAUCAAUGGAAACCAAGUCAUCUUACUGCGCCGAAAUCACCUGUUCUUCAAACAUCUCUCCGAGCGCGUCCUCCCAGGAUCAAAAGUUCCGAGGAGUUGGAGAAAGAGGAGCUUGAAAAUAUCUCACAUUUCAAGGCAAGACCAUUGAAUAGAAAGAUAUUUGAGAGCAAAGGGGACAUGGGAAUAUUCUGCAACAUGAAGAAGCAAGUUACCAUUCCCCAAGAAUUUAACUUUGCCGUAGAUAAAAGAAUCCCUCCACCAACUGCUGUUGUAGACCUCUUCGACAAGCUCUCAUUGUGUUCAGAAUCUCAACGUGAGAAGCCUCUCCUAAGAAAUACUACACCAAAUCCAUUCCAUCUGCACACAGAGGAAAGAGGGGCAGAGAAAGAGCGAAGGAUCGCUGAAGAACUCAUGCAGAAACAGUUGGAAGAGGAGAGGGCGAGGAUACCGAAAGCUCAUCCAUAUCCCUACACAACUGACUAUCCUGUGAUUCCGCCAAAGCCAGAGCCGAAGCCGUGCACAAAACCAGAGCCUUUCGAAUUGGAAAGUUUGCUGAGGCAUGAACAGGAGAUGCAGAGAGAAAUGGAGGAAAGGAUGAGGAUGGAAAUGGAAGAAGCUGAGAUGAGAAGAUUCAAAGCUCAGCCCAUCUUGAAAGAGGAUCCGAUACCACUCCCGGAGAAAGAGAGGAGGCCCCUUACAGAGGUUCAAAAAUUCAAUCUACACGUCGAAAAAAGGACCGUUGAUAGAGCAGAAUUCGAUAAAAAGAUUAAGGAGAAAGAAAUGGUCUACAAGAGAUACAGAGAGGAGACAGAAGCUGCAAAGAUGAUGGAGGAGGAGAAGGCCUUGAAACAGUUGAGGAGGACUUUGGUUCCUCAUGCAAGACCAGUCCCUAAUUUCAAUCACCCUUUCUUACCACAAAAGUCUGCUAAAGAGAUCACGAAGGCCAAGUCGCCAAAACUGCGCGUGAAUUAUAGGAAGGAGAAACGGAGGAUGGUUCCCACCGGUAAAGCUUCGGGUGCAGCAGCGUGCCACAUGAGGUGACCGACGACAAGUGCUUAGGGUGUGUGUAUCGUAUCGUUCAAGUCCCCUUGAACUCAACAAUGUAUUAAUUUAUUUUCUUGAUUGUUUUGUACACAAGAGUUUGAUGUUAUUGUAAUGCAAAUAUGUUCAAAUGGUUGAAGAUAUGAUAAUUUAUUUAGAAUUGUAAUA